AUGGCGGCCCGGCCGCCCUGCCCGGUGCUGCGGCUGUGCCUGGCCGCGCUGCUGAGCCUGCGGGCGGCCAGCGCCCUGCCCCUGGCCCCCGGCCCGCGGGGCGAGGUGCAGGCGGCGGCUUUGCAGCGGCUGCGGGAGGUGUUCGACGUGGAGGAGCUGCCGCCCGACGUGCUGUCCCGCAGGAAGCCGCCGCAGUUCAUGGUGGAUCUCUUCAACAAGGUGGCCGACGCCCACGGCAUCACCCGCGCCCCGGGGCUGCUGCAGGGGGACGUGGUGCGGAGCUUCGAGGACAGAGCUCACGUGGACCAGCACCACUUCUACUUCGACAUCAGCGCGAUGGAGAAGGGCGAGCAGAUGCUGAAAGCGGAGUUCAGGGUCUUCAAGCUCAGGAUGACACGCGUGUCCAGAAGGUCCGACGUGAAACACUUCUGCAAAGUGGAAGUGUAUGAGCUCCUGGAGAGUGGAAGCAAGCCACAGAAAAAACAUCUCAUUGCGUCAAGAUUAUUGUCCCUGUAUACAGAAGGCUGGGAAGUCUUCAAUGUCACGCAGACAGUUUCCAGGUGGGUUGGAAACAGCAGAUCAAACCAUGGCUUUUUGAUAACAACGACACAUGUAUUCAACAAUAGAAUUGAACACAACCUGAUUAAGUUUGCCAAGAGCCAGGACACUUUGCAGGAGAGUAGAAAUGCUCUCCUUGUCCUCUUCACUAACAGUAACAAACGGAGGUCUCUCAACUUUGUACUGUCCUCCACAAAAUCAGAAAUAAACCCUGACAAAACUGAUGCUUCUCAUGUGCCUCAUGAAACUGAUGUCAUCAAAAGCAGCAGUGCAAGCAUGGACAGGAGACCUCGAGCUGCCCCAGUCCCUUCUGCCAAAGGCCAGGUAACAGCAUGUCAUCGAAGGGAACUCUACGUAGACUUCAAUGCUAUUGGCUGGUCAGGAUGGAUUAUUUAUCCAAGUGGAUACAAUGCAUUUUAUUGCAGAGGAUCCUGUCUCUUCCCUUUGGGGGAAAGUCUAAAUGCAACAAACCACGCUACAGUUCAGUCCAUCGUCCAUACACUGAAACUGUCUCAAGAUGUCAGCACGCCCUGCUGUGUGCCAGAUGAACUGAAGUCCCUCAACCUUCUCUACUUUGAUGACAAAGAGAAUGUGGUCCUUAAAAAUUAUAAAGACAUGGUGGCAACAAGGUGUGGUUGUCAUUAG